AUGGCGUGGAAGGCAGGCAGCAUUCAGGCCCAGUUCCCGUCUCUGACUCGCGACGAGUGCGCGGCGGUCGUUCUGUACACGAUGGAGGACAUGCCUCGCGAGCGAUCGCCAUACUACGUGAUGAAUGCUGCGCUGAGGGAGAAGAACCGGCAGGCGGUGAGGCCGUGGCGAGACUUUGUGUGGCUGCUGCUACACGCGCUGCGCAAGCUGCCGCCGAGCAAGGCGCGGAUGGUCUACCGUGGCAUGGCCGGAUGUGUGCUUGAGGAGGGAGACGAGCUGCAGUGGUCGGCCUUCUCCAGCACGGCGACAAAGGUGGACGUGAUGCAGGUUUUCCUCGACACGGAGGAGGCCACCGCGGGACCACGCACCAUGAUCCACCUGGAGCUCACCGAGCCGGUUGGCCGCGACGUCUCUGCCUUCUCCUUGUACCCGCAAGAGUGCGAGGUGCUGCUCCCCCCAAAUGUCUGCUUUGAGGUCGUGUCGCAGUAUAACGCCAGCAGCGGCCUCGUGAUCGUGCAGUGCAAGCAGACGGAGAGCCUGGACCCGCUGCUCGAUUUUGGCCGUAGAGGGGACGUGCCUUUGGGGCAGCCCGUCAACGAGGUGCCCAUCGGAAUGCCGGCCGACGACGACGGGGAGGAGCUUCAGGCCAAGAUGGCGCGGCUGCAGGUAGCGAGGGAGAAGGCGGUGAAGGAGGCGGCGCAGCUGCAGGUCGCGAGGGAGAAGGCGGAGAAGGAGGCGCAGCGCGAGCGCGAUGUGAGCCGAUUGAUCGAGCUCGGGGCCGAAAUGCGUGAGCGGGCAAUCGAGUUGCUUGAGCGACACGGGUCGUUGCAAGCGGCUGCGAACGCGUUGUGCGCGGCUGCGGACACCUCCAUUCCUUCAGAGAGAACGAGUUCUCUUUCUUGGGCGUUGCUGACGUACGGCUUUACGCAAGAGGACCACCGGUGUUUUGCCUUUUGA